AUGACCACGCCGCCUCUCCACAAAAAACACAUUAGCACUUACAAGACACAUGCAAACACGCCUAUAAAGCUCGAUAUCUACCGUCCUCUCCCGACCCUGCCGUCUCAUUGCGAACGGGCACAUCAGACUCAACACACGAUUGCGAUUGCUAAAGUCUAUAUCCAUCCGUACUAUCGCGUCCUUCCGCAGUCCAACGGUUUCGCUGUAAUCCAAGAUGUUCUCGCCGCAUGUCACUGGAUCGCUGAGAAUCCAACAGAAUGCGGUCGCACUACUUCCGCCGAGAGCACAAGACAAAGCCUUGAUAUCGUCUUUGCAGGGGCAAGUGCAGGUGGAUGGUGCACUCUCGUCGCAGCGCUCCACUUUUGUGCGCAGCCACCUGAUGCUGUGUCCCAGGUUUCCCUAAAACCCAAAGCCCUUCUGCUACUCUACUCUAUGCUCUGCCUCGGCAACCCAAGAUGGUGUGAACCUAUCUUUGCUGCGCCGGAACCAAUGUGUGAAGCGGCAGUCCACGAUCAUCUUGUCUUCGCGGAACAGCGCAUCAGAGACACAGAAAUCAGUCUAGACUAUCUUACUGGAAUCGAGGGAUUUGCGGCAGAUGUGGUGAACUUUGGCAUCGAGGCAACGAUCAAAAAGCGGAGAGCCAGCGAGCCUGAGGAGAACAACCUCGAAGUCCUCUUCCCAACGGACUUUGCUGACUUCAAGAGGUUCUCUGCUGCUGUCCCAACCAUAAUCGUCCACGGCACAACAGAUUACGAAGUUCCCAUCUCUGAGAGCGAGACACUAGUACAGAAGAUCAAGAACGCUCGGAACUCUGGCUCAAAUACAGGCGUAGUGAGGCUCUACCCAGUCGAGAAUGCUGAACAUGUCUUCGAUCUAGGCAUUGAUGCAGCUGAUUUGCACAUCAACACUUCUGACAUGGAGAGAAAGGGCAUCAAGAAAGAACAUAUUUCGGUAUUACAAAAGGUCUUGCGGGAUAUCCGCAUCCUCGUCCAGGAGGCAUGGUAG